GUGUGAGGAGAGGAGCAAUUGAGCAAACAUGCAUCCGUGGGUCUUUCGUCAAAGUCCCACACGUGUUUAUCAAGUAGAGAGAGCGAAGCGAGAUAGAAAGAAAGACGGUGUGGCCUAGCGGGACCGUUGGAAACCACCAGUCUCCAUGACUUGCUCCGCUAUCCUCAACGGCAGUGUUACCCGAACCCGAAUUCGUGACCCUGAUUCGCUCCGUACACGAAACCCGCACCGCUCCGUCCCUCAUUUUCUUCAUUUUGAUUCUUCUCCUAGAGGAACCAACGUCGAGGGGAAUCUCCGGCUUGGUCUCAAGAAACGACGCCGUUGUGUGCCCCGAAUUGCCUGCUCUCUUCAGCUCCCUCUUCUUCCCUUUAACAUCAACGAGGUUCUUGUUCCAUCUGAGAGGAAGACGCUACAUUUAUAUGAAGCAAGAUAUUUAUCUCUGCUUGAUGAGUCUUUAUUAAGAAAGAAGAAGCUUUUUGUGCAUUUUGUGUUGGAUCCGAUUGCAAUUAGUGAAUCAUCUGGCGAAGCAUCAUUUGCUGCUAGAUAUGGUUGUUUGGUUCUUAUAGAAAACGUUGAACGCUUAGAUGUUGGAGCGUUAGUCUCUAUAAGGGGCAUUGGUCGAAUCAAGAUUCUGAAAUUCGUUCAGGCAGAUCCUUACAUAAUAGGCGAAGUCAUACCGAUGCAGGACAUGAUACAUGGCAGUUUAAGCAAAGUAAGCUCAAAAGUUAUGGAAGUAAGGGAUGCUAUCAAGAGUUUGAAUAGCUUGGAGAUCAAACUGAAGGCUCCCAAUGAAGCACUGUUGCAGACUCAUAUUACAAACUCUUUGUUGUGGGCUGAAAAGGAACCAUCCUUUGAGUGUGAUGAAGCUUUCAUUCCAUCUGCAGAUGAGCGUGUAUCCUUUGCAGCUCUCCAACCUAUUACAGGAUCUACUCAAUCAGAACUGCUGAAGUUGCGACGACAGAAGCUAAGGGCCAUGGAUCUUAAAGACACGCUUCAAAGGCUUGAAUCCUCCCUAGAAAUAGUUAAAGAGAACAUUUCCAUGGUUGCGGCCAAGCUUGCUAUACAAUCAUUAGAGAUGCAAUAAGCCAUGUAACUUCAUGUUACAGCUUCUUCUGCCUCCAAAAACUAUUUUUUUGGGGGUGGGCGGCCCGGGGGGGACUGUGACCCAGUUGAUUUUGGUAGUCACAACAUUCCCUUUACUUGCAAUGAUAUUGUACAGAAGAAAAAAAAAAAAAAAAAAGGAGGCAUGAGAGUACUGUAAUUCAGUUUAUUUUGGUAGCCAACAUGCCUUUAAUUGUAAGAAUUACUGGUUUUUUUUUUUUUUCCUUUUAUGAGCAGCUUUAAGAUUACCUGAAUGCAUUGCUUAGAAUGUUGGCUAAGGUAAACUGGUUUGGCAUGUCUUAUUAACUACCUUAAUUGUCAUUUCCUCCCCAAUUUUCAUAGUUUUCC